AAAAAAAGGUUUUUAACAUAAUACAAUGUCAUAGAUCACUACUUUCCAGAGACUCAAAAUUAGAUCAAUUAACCUUAAAACCAUUUCAGCUGACUAAAUCAAAGAGAUGUUGAUAUUCAGAUGAAAUGACAAUAUUAAAAAGUGUUGAGGUGAGACUUUGUGCCAUCUAUGGUCAAAACAAAAUAAAGGUAGGGGGUCACCUUGAGUUGGUAUUUGCAAAGUCAUUGUACAAAUGUCUUAUAAAAGAGAAGUUAGUUCUUGAGAAAGGUCUGAUAUAAUUUUUAAAAGCCACUUACAUUGAUGCUAUGUUUUCUGAUGAAUUAAUGUGUGGCUUGGCACCACAGCAUAGAGAAACCAAUUCAGCAGAAUAGAAAUUGAUCUGUCAAUAACGGGGAAAAUCAUUUCGUUUGAAUCUUGUAUGUGGGAUGGAGAAAUCAAUUAGCUUUGAACAUUUAUCAGAUAAGAAUGAAUAUCUGAAGAUCUGUGUGCAAUGUUACCUCGAUUACUUUCCAUGUUCUUAUGGAACACAGGAAAAGGGAAGUGGUCAGAAAGAGAUUGUAAAGCAUGCAUUUGCAUUUCCUCACAGCGUUAUUGAUUUUCCCUCGCAAAAUCGUGACGUGCAGUUUCAAAUAGAUUGAGGAAUCUGAUGUGGGUCAAAUAUAUUUGUGGAGUUAAAUGUUUUUAUCACUUUCCUGUUACUGUUGCAGUUUUGCAAUAAUUGAUCAUUUGCCAUCUAUUAGUUUAGUAGGCUAGGUUGUAUAGCAAGUUCAUCCAAAGCAAAUUACAUUACAGUUUCUUAGUUGGUAUAUUGCCAUAUUAAAUUUUGGACAGAAGUGAAAACAAGGCUGUGAGGGACAGAAGUACAGUGCAUUUUUAAUACUUUUGUUUAACAACAUAUCAAGCUGUUCAAAUAAUGAAACAUCUUUCCGGGUGGGAAACUUUAAUAAAACAGUAACAAAAAAAAUGCAUAAACCCUUGUGAAAGUUGUGAAAAUUAUGUGAUCUAGGAUCUUUAGACAGUGCAUGCAACUGUAAAGAUUUAAGUCCAUUCUUCACAGCCUUAUUUACGCUAGCGUUAAAUUCAGUAUGGCAUCUAACCGGCCUAAGGUGUAUUGCAACAUGCUCACAAGGAUUUUAAAAGGAAUGCUUUCUGGUUUUAAACAGUUCUGGGUUGGGGUGUAUCAAUGAAAAUGCAUAAAAAUAGUACGCCAAAUAAAAACGAAAACUCGUGGUAUUAAAAUGCAAAAAUGGACUUUGGCGUGCAUAUUAUACGUAUGGGUUUUUGGCAUGCAUAAAGGCCUAAUAAGGAGUUUUCGCUCAGUUUUAAUGCACGGCUAGUCGUUGAUUAUCCCUUACAUAUUCCAAAAGAGUUCUGAAGAUCAUUGCUAAAAAUGACUGACACAGACACAACACUUUUGUGACAUGAACUGCGUGCUUGGUUUCGCUGAUAGUCAGCAAGAGAAUAACAAAUGCAGAUAGAUUGCAUAUAGCCUACUGUUUAGUGUAGCCUAGUAGUUGAGACAUUAGACAUCACAAAACAGACGAUUCAAAGUAACGUGUUUAUCACUGGGUCGCUCCCCUCAGUGUGUGGUCUGAGCCUAUAAACUUAACUUUAACACAAGGCCACGAUACUUAGAAAGCAAAACAUCUCCCACGUAUAUCCUACUGUACUAAGUCUCUUCUGAGCAGCAUGGAUGGAAAUCUCCAAUAUGUAACUUUGAAUAGAAAUAGAAAAUGACUUAUGAGGAAAAAAAAUGCAUACUGUAUCUCCCACUAUAUUCCCAGGAACGAAUUCACAUGUGAUAUCACAUCUAGGUUAUGACAAAUGCAGUCACAAAAAUUCAACAGAAAGUGAAUAGUGACUUUAUGUCUGCAUAUGUACUUAAAUGUGUCCUAAUGCAUGGGCUGAUAAAACUGACAUAACCUACUGUGUUUGUAACAAAGAACCCCAUAAAAACUAAACUUUGCAGUGACAGAGUCACAAAGCGUCACAUUACAUUCACAUUCAAGGCAACAUAACACUUGGAUUUUCAUCAUCUCUCAACAAAAAGUAAAUUCAGGGAUUUUACAGAAUUUAAUCACACAUCACAUGAUCAGAACAUCUCAUGAAAUGCAUUGUCAUAAACUGAUUCUGAGGACAGGCAUCCUGAGCACUUCAGAUUUACCUACAGAGUCUUAGCGUGUAUCACAUAUUCGUUCGAACUCAGGGAAACAUCCCAGCAUGACACCUCACAUUUAUCAGUUCAAAACCAUCCGCAAAGAUAAGCCUUUAACGUCUUGAGUUUAAUUGAAAGUGUUUGUAAGAGUGUGAGAUAACAUCCUUAGACACAUUUCCUUUCUUGUGACUAAGCAGUCACUGGCGUAUAAAAGAUGGAAAGUUGACAGAUUUGAGCAUGAAAACGUAUCAUACUCUGAAGAGUUGCUCUAGCACACAGAGUUAAAAAAAAUACUGUGAAUUUUCACCAUGGAGCUAAAAACAGGACUUCUGAUUUGGUGGAUUUUAAUGAUGAUCCAGGCGAUGACAUGCAGACCGGCAAAAGAAUGUAAUUUUAUAGAGCGCAUCAAUUACACAAAGUUCAGAAUGGAAGCUCUAUUGAACCAAUUUCUCUCAGCAAAUGAAAAUGAUAUUAGACCAUGGCCGAAACCAAUCUCAGAACUUCACUUGAAGAAUUUAUCUCAUAAAGAGAAAAUGCAGAAAGCUCAGUGUGGACUUCACUUCAUGCAGAAAGCUCUUCAGUUGAUACAGCAACACCAAAGUGAGCUACAUGAUAGCAUGAAUCCCAUUCAUGAAGAAAUAAGAAAAACUGUAGAUUUUGUGUUAGAGCGUACCAAGCUGUGUGUUGCAGAGCAUAUAGGUCAUUGCACAAACAUACCAGAGCCUGACUUCCAGUUUAAAGAGAUAUAUAAGAGAAAACAGUGGGGCCGCACUGUUCUUGAGACCUCUUUAGACUUUCUGGAUGAGCUGGUAAAAAUCCCAAAUCAUGCCUCAAGCAGACGACUCAAACCGUAACAUGCUUGAUACCAAAGAAAUAAUGCAUUUUAUUUACAGCUAGUCCUUAUUUUUUUUUUUUCAACUGCACUUAUUAAUUUGUGAAAGUUUUCACUUCCUCUUGAAGCGAUUCUGUUGUUACCAGAUUUUGCAGUAUGUUCUCAUGUUAAUUUUUCCAACCAUUUUUGAAAUAUUUAUUUGUAAAAUUUAUAGAUAUUUUUGCACUUUUCAAAAUUUUGUAUUUUGAGUCAGAAAUAUUCUUACUAUUUAACAAAAAUAUUUAUAUUAUUGUUACUUCAUCCAUGUUGUUCUGGAGUGUAAUUUAUUACAUGAAAUGUGUUAUUUAAUAAUAAUAUUUUGUUUUUACCUUUUCAGUAUUUUG